AUGUCAGUGACCUACUUAAGUCAGUGCCAACAAGACAACUGGUCAUUUCAGGAUUUUCACUAGUGGACUAAACACCAGCAGUGAAUUUUCUGAAAUUAUUUAUUUUUUAAUAACAUCUUUUUUAUUAGAAUGGCGUUUCACUCAUUUGCCAACAAAGGGUAAGAAUCUUUAACUUGUGGGUAGUAUUUCAAGAAGGUGCAUCUGUUGGUAUAAUGUGGCUGCUCUCUGACAUCACGUUCAUACAAAAUCAUUUUGUGAGAGCGCAUCUACAUUGUAUUCUGAUUUAUCUGUUGAGACUCACCAAAUGCAAAAUUAAACAAUUAAAUUGUCAUUUCUCUUGUGAUUUUAAUUGUAGAAAUAUCAACUUCUUCAGAAAACUUUGCAUUAGAUCAAAACAGGCAUGUGAUCCUGUCCCGGUCGACAUAGAGAAAGGGGAAAAAGAGAGAAGGGCACCGUGUACACUCCUCUGUGCGAAGGCUACGCUGGCCAUCCUUCUCCUGAUCAAAUUCGUCCAUUACGUGGACACAUAUCUAGCUGAAGGUGUUAUGCCGUUGAUUGAAGCAGAAUAUGAACUCUCCAUUGACAAAGUUGCGAGAGUAGAAACAGGUUUUGCUAUUGUUUUUGCCUUGGUCAAUCCAUUCUUUGGACAUCUAUCAGAUCAGAUCAGCCGGUGGACCCUCAUGUGUCUGGGAGUAACGUAUUGGACUCUGUUUGUCGCGAGCUGUUCCGUAAUUCCCCAGGAGUGGGGUUGGACCAUCCCUUUUAUACGGUGUGCUGUGGCCGCAAUAGAAAGUUUUUUUGCAGGCAUUUCCCUGACCCUGAUUGAUGACCUGUUCCCACCUGAAAAGCGACGAGGGACUUUAAUCAAGUUUAACAAUUUCAGCUAUAUAAUGGGUGCCUUAGGGAUCGUUGUGGGAGCAAUUGUGCCAAGCUACUUAGGCUCAAACUGGCGUUUUGCACUGCAGCUAGUUGCAGUCGCUGGAUUAGCGUGCCUAGUGCUGCUAAUCUGUGUGAAGAAGGAACCACCUAGAUACUAUACCGAGGACCACAGUGAUGACCCUCAGAUGCAGAUCCUCAGUUUCCAAUAUAUUUGGAAGUUGACCUCCUCCUUCUUCAAAAAUCUGAGGAUUUUAUCUAAAACACGGAGCUUUGUUUUUCUCACCUUGGCUUCAUGGUCCGUGAAUUUCAUUAAUGAAGCCAUGUUUGCCGUUGUUCCUGAUUUCCUGAACCGAACCAGGGCCGUGACAAGCAGUUCGUUUCCCUGUCUGUUGCCAGAUUGUUACUACAGCGACUUUAUGUUCUAUGGUUUGAUUAAAUACGCGGCUGACAUCGUGGGGAUACAAAUAGGAAUGGUGAUCAUCACUCGGUGGUUCAAGAUGUAUCCAUCCGCUGAUCGACUGGUAUCCGGUUUAGGACUUAUGGCCUCUGGAUGUUUCAUUUGCAUCUUCUUUUUCACUGUACAAAGCAGCUUUACCCUUGCCUAUGGGUCCGUCUUUGUAGGUGGCGUUCUACUGAAUAUAAACCAGGCUGUAGCUACUGACAUGAUACUGUCGGUAGUAAUGCCAAAUUCCCGUGGCACAGCAAUAGCCUUGCAGUCUAUUAUAGCACAGUUAGCAGGAGGGGUAUGUGCCCCAUUUAUCAUUCAGAAGAUUUCUGAUGCGAUCCAGAUGUGGCAACCAGAAACCAGCCCAAUGCACUGCUUGCAAUAUGCCUUGAUAAUAUUGGCAAUUCUGGCAUUGAUUGGAGGAUGCUUCUUCCUCUGUACAAACUUUUGUAUUGAAGAGGAUCGGAAAGUAGUUGAACAGGCCCGCGCCCCAAGCCCACCACCUGAAUUGAACCUACAGGACAUACUGGUGUACGACUCUGAAGAUCCUGGAUAUGCUGCUCAGCCUUCUCUAGAAUUGGCUCCUGAGUCUCCAGAUCCUGCUCCAGAACUACCUGCUCAGCCUGCAGAUCUUGAUACAUGCCGGUUCUGCUGCUUUCCGUUUCUAGGACUGGCUCCUAAGCUUUCAAAUCCUUCUCCAGAGAUACCUGCUCAGCCUCCAGAUCCUUCUGUAGGACUGGCUCCCGAGGCUCCAGAUCCUGCUCCAGAACUACCUGCUGAGCCUCCAGAUCCUGAUACAUGCAGGUCCUGCUGCUUUCCCUUUCCUAGGACUGGCUCCUGAGUUUCCAGAUCCUGCUUCGGAGAUGCCUGCUCAUCCUCCAGGAGGAGAAAACUAUAGACAGGGAGAAUACCUGAACAUAUAGCAUAGGAACCAGGACUGUAACUGGAGUUAACCACACACUAGGAAGUGGGCAUGGUGGAAGCCCAGGGGGAUACCCAUACACAACUGGAGAUGACAUAGUGAUAUUGCAGGUUUAAUGGCAACAGAAGAUAAUAACAGGAACAGGCAAAAAUCGAAAACAAGGUCAAGCCAAGGUCGUUACCAUUAAAUCCAGGAGGGCAAGGAAUGCUGGAACAAGAACACUGGAUAAAUAAAUAAAGCAUUCAUUGCACAGAUACGUCAUUUAUG